GCCAAGGCCAGGGUCGAGCCAAAGAAGGAGACGAAGGAAGAGAAGAGCACAAAGGCUGAGAAGAGCAAGAAGGAGGAGAAGAGCGCAAAGGACGAUAAGAACACAAAGGACGACAAGAACAAGAAGGACGAGAAGAGCAAGAAAGACGAGUUUUGUGAGCGUUGCUUCGAGAGAGACGAUAAGAACACAAAGGAAGAGAAGAGCAAGAAAGACGAGAAGAGCAAGAAAGACGAGAAGAGCAAGAAGGAAGAGAAGAGCAAGAAGGAGGAGAAGAGCCCAAAGGAUGAUAAGAACACAAAGGAAGAGAAGAGCAAGAAGGAGGAGAAGAGCAAGAAGGAUGAGAAGAGCAAGAAGGACGAGAAGAGCAAGAAGGAAGAGAAGAGCAAGAAGGAAACUAAAGACAAGGAUGAUGAUAAGAAGGAUAAGAAAAAGAAGAUCAACAGAGGGGA